AUGGCCAGCACGCUAAGCCCCAGCGCUGUGACUGAGACCCCCAGCCCUCCUGAGACAUCAGCGCGUAUACAAAAUGCUGCUGACAUCUCCGUCAUUGUCAUCUAUUUUGUGUUGGUGAUGGCCGUCGGACUGUGGGCAAUGCUGAGGACUAACCGGGGCACUGUUGGAGGCUUCUUUCUGGCUGGUCGAGAUGUGACCUGGUGGCCGAUGGGCGCCUCUCUCUUCGCCAGUAACAUCGGCAGUGGCCACUUUGUGGGGCUGGCAGGGACGGGAGCGCUCGGGAUUGCCAUUGCAGCAUUUGAAUGGAACGCCUUGCUGCUGUUGCUGGUUCUAGGGUGGUUCUUUGUCCCCGUUUACAUCAAGGCAGGGGUGACGACUAUGCCGGAAUACCUGAGGAAGCGGUUUGGUGGGAAGCGGCUCCAGGUCUACCUCUCCAUCCUCUCCCUGUUCAUCUGUGUGGCUCUGAGGAUCUCAUCAGACAUAUUUUCUGGAGCCAUAUUCAUCACCCUGGCCUUGGGAUUGGACCUAUACCUGGCGAUCUUCAUCCUCUUGGCUCUCACUGCUAUUUACACAAUCACUGGGGGCUUGGCCUCAGUUAUUUACACAGACACCCUCCAAACGGCCAUCAUGCUGAUAGGUUCUUUUAUUCUCAUGGGGUUCGCUUUUGCUGAAGUCGGAGGCUAUGAGAAUUUUACAGAGAAGUAUAUGAAUGCCAUCCCAGCCAUAGUGGAGGGGGACAACUUGACAAUCAAAUCCAAGUGUUACACACCUCGGGGAGACUCCUUCCAUAUUUUUCGAGAUGCUGUCACUGGGGAUAUUCCAUGGCCAGGAACAAUAUUUGGAAUGACUGUUGUAGCUGUGUGGUAUUGGUGUACAGAUCAGGUCAUCGUGCAGCGCUGCCUGUCAGGCAGGAACAUGUCCCACGUGAAGGCCGCCUGCAUCAUGUGUGGGUACUUGAAGCUGCUGCCCAUGUUCCUCAUGGUGAUGCCAGGGAUGAUCAGCCGCAUCCUGUUCACAGAGAAGGUGGCCUGUGUUGUACCUUCGGAAUGUGUGAAGCACUGUGGAGUUAAAGUCGGCUGCUCCAACUACGCUUACCCAAUGCUGGUGAUGGAACUGAUGCCCAACGGACUGCGAGGCCUGAUGCUGUCAGUCAUGCUGGCCUCUCUCAUGAGCUCCCUGACCUCCAUCUUCAACAGUGCCAGCGCCCUCUUCACCAUUGAUCUGUACACCAAGAUCCGGAAGAGAGCAUCAGAGAAAGAGCUCCUCAUAGCUGGACGGUUAUUUAUCAUUCUCUUAAUUGCCAUCAGCAUUGUGUGGGUCCCUUUAGUAUAGGUUGCUCAAAAUGGACAACUGUUCCAUUACAUAGAAUCUAUUUCUAGCUACCUUGGGCCUCCAAUUGCAGCUGUCUUCCUGCUUGCCAUCUUCUGUAAAAGAGUCAACGAACAGGGAGCCUUCUGGGGUCUAAUUGUUGGCUUUGUGAUUGGCCUCAUCCGUAUGAUCGCGGAGUUUGUCUACGGAACGGGGAGUUGUUUGGCCGCCAGCAACUGCCCCCGAGUCAUCUGUGGAGUACACUAUCUGUACUUUGCCCUCAUUCUCUUUUUUGUUUCCAUACUGAUCAUCCUGGGAAUUUCCCUGUUAACAAAACCCAUUCCUGAUGUGCAUCUGUAUCGCCUGUGCUGGGCUCUUCGGAACAGUACAGAGGAACGAACUGAUUUAGAUAUAGAAGAGGAAAGGCAUGAAGAAGCCGAUGAUGGCGUUGACGGUGAUAAUCCUGAGGAAACUCGUGGCUGUCUCAGGAAGGCUUACCACUUGUUCUGUGGUUUGCAGAGGAAGGGCCCCAAACUGAGCAAAGCGGAGGAAGCAGCCCAGAAGAAGAAGCUGGCAGACACGUCUGAGAACCCCUUAUGGAGGACAGUAGUGAACAUCAACGCCAUCAUCCUCCUGGCAGUGGCAGUCUUUGUCCAUGGCUAUUUUGCCUGA